AUGACAAGCUCGCUUGGAUUCCGCUUGUCUCGCGGGAUCGAGAAUACCAAUCGCCCACCUAUUCCCCAGGCGCACAAAUGGGCGGAGGCGUAUGUACCUACGCCAGCCAGGCCGCUGCUGGACAUGUCGCAAGGAGUGCCAGGUAUUCCUCCCCCGCAGGAAGUACUGAAUGCACUAGGAGCGGCAGCCUCAGACCCCUCGAAAUGCGGGUACGUUCCUAACGUUGGGGAGCUAACGCUCAGGAAGGCGAUCGUGGAGGAAAUGAAAUACCGGUAUGGGGAGGAUACGGACGUAACUCCAGACGACAUCGCGGUCACUGCAGGUUGCAAUCUCGCCUUCGUGACUAUAGCUAUGACGCUGGGAGAUGCAGGGGAUGAAAUGAUUUUGCCCAUUCCUUGGUAUUUCAACCAUGAGAUGACAUUGACCACGCUGAACAUGAAGACCGUCAUACUACCGACUCUCCCUGAGGAUGGCUUCAUGCCAUCUCCGGAGCGCUGUGAGGCCCUGAUUACCCCCAAGACCAAGGCCAUCGUACUAGUUACGCCUAACAACCCUACCGGUGCUGUAUACCCGCCUUCUCUCAUCUCAGCCUUUGCCGAGCUAGCCUGCAAGCAUAACAUCGCGCUGGUGAUCGAUGAGACAUACCGCGACUUCAUCACCACCGGCCCUCCACACAGCCUCUUCUCUCCCUCGCCUGCCUGGAGCUGGCGCACCACAUUUAUCCACCUCUACUCUUUCUCCAAGUCCUAUUGUAUCCCCGGUCACCGCAUGGGCCUGAUCUGCGCGUCCCCGGCGCUCAUCCCACACAUCAACGCCGCGCUCGACUCCAUCCAGAUAUGCGCCCCGCGCCCGCCCCAGGUCGCGCUAGCGCCCCUACUCCCCUCCCUCCGCCCAUUCGUACGCGCAACCGCCGACGCCGUCGCCCACCGCCACACGCUCUUCGCGCAGUGCCUCCCCCCGCGCUGGCACAUCGGCUCGCAUGGCGGGUACUACGCAUUCGUGCGGCACCCGUUCGUGCGGGUGCACGCGAACGAGGUGUGCGGGCGGCUGGCAGCGGAGCGCGGCGUCGUGAGCCUGCCGUCUGGUUUCUUCGGGCCCACGCAGGAGCCGCAGUCCGGCGAGCCCCCCGAGCGCUGGAUCCGCUUCUCGGUCGCGAACGUGAGCGACGAGAAGAUCAAGCUCGUUUGCGAGCGCCUCAGAGAGAGCGAGGAGGUAUUUGGGUGGGAAGUCGGACCGUGA